CACCACAUACUACAAUGUCCACGUGCAAAGCGUUCGUGUUGGCGGUGAUUAUUGCGCUGUGCACUGGUAUCUCGUGGGGCCAGUGUCCAGCGAAUUGUACUUGCACCGGAACUGCCGUAAGAUGCAUUGGACAGCAACUGUCGACCAUACCCCUUUCCCUACCGGACGCUACCCUCUUGGAUUUAUCCAACAAUAUGCUCGCAUCACUACCCGACGAUGCGUUUAAAGAUUGGCCAAAUCUAACGGAACUGGACCUUCACGGCAACCGAAUACGCAACAUUUCACAGGCGACGUUCAGGGGCUUGACAAAACUACGUUAUCUGUGAGUUAAAAUCGACAAAUGAUAUCACUUGAAAUAAAUGCCGUCCAGCUAUCCAUGCAGACAUGUCUCAGUCCGCUGUAUUCUUGACGAAAUGGGAGACAUUUAUUUAUUGUUGUUUCUUUGUCUUAUGAAUGUA